AUGUACAUAAGUGUUUUGCUAUCAAUAAUGAUGUUUAUCACAACCUCUGAGUCUACUGCUCCGUUGCAGAUUGUCAAGACCCGGAAAAUCUGGAAUCCAAAGACAAACCAUCAGAUUAUCGUUUACUACAAGGAAGUGCUCAUGAAAAAUAACGGAAUAUUCUCAAAAUUAAUCAUUCUGGCAUACCUAAACAGAUCUGAGGUAAACACGAAUAACUUGGAGAAUGCAUUGUCAAUUCUGAAAUCAUACUGCACCAAGCUGAGAUUGAUCGAUACUAAUUUUGCUGAUUAUACGCUACGAGUGAAACAAAUUGUGAAAGAACUCUUAAAAAACCCUGUGGUAAAAGAAGCUUUACCAAUCGAGCACAAUAUCUUGAAUCUCGUUGCGAAGAAAUUAACAGUGCCAUUAUUAUCGAAUUAUAACAUUCAUUAUAAUGAUAUUUAUGAAUUUAUUGAAUUUAGACUUGAAACCGCCGAAUUCUUUAACAAUAUAUAUUAUAGAAUGUUAAACUGCAAAAUUUUCGAUGGUUAUUUCCACAUGAUGAAUCAUUGGACCGAUGUGGUUCCAUACCUACAUGAUUACGUUUAUUUAGAAGUGUUAAACGUUGAAAUAACAUUUAACCGAUUAAUCACAAAACUGUGCCAUCUUCUUACGGAUAGUAUUGUCCAUCUGGGACGACUUAAGAGUCACAAAAAUGACAUAUGGAGGAAGAGCCAGGAACUUUUGUCAAAUUCGGUAAACGCUGUCCAAGAACGGAUGGAUAUGAUAAACCUAUCAAAAAAUGCUGUCAUUGAUGCUGAUACUGUUGCAAAUUAUAUUAAGCUCCUCUCAGAUGACUAUAAUGUCUAUCUGAAAAUGUCUCAGGUUUAUAGAUUGGUGUGUGGCAAAGAUUUUAGGGACAAAUCCAUCAUGAACAACGAAUUUCUAUCAUUGACUCAUUAUUUGAAAACAAUUUAUAUUUUAUACAAAGAUAAUAGUAGCUAUGUGCAUCACAAUCACCUUCUCAAUACUAUACAAGGAUUUAACGACUAUAUUACCUAUGAACUCAAUUAUGUGCAGAUCUUUACAUCAGAUUUACUCCGAUUGGCCACGCUUCUAUCAACAAAAAUAUUAGAAUUUGCUUAUUUACAUAUUAAUGUGGUGAUAAGUACGUAG